AGCCCCUCAAAAGUGGCGAUUCUAAUGAACUGCUCGCAGUGUUGCGGGAGUGACAAGUCACUGUAUCAUGUCAUCGGGUCGGAAAUGAAGGGGAUGCUAAUUUAAUAUCAUCCUAGAGCUUUUCUCUUUCAUUUUAGAACUUCAAGACAAAACUAGCCUGUGUUCCGCGUUUAACAAUAAUAAAAAAUAAAAAAAUAACAGGAGCUGCUGAGCUUCAUAAGCAUAAUGUAGUUCAGGUGAUAGAGAAGAGAAACUCGCACAAGGAACGGGUCAACUGGUGCCUUUAAAGAGCCUGUAACUGUGAAACAAUGGGCUGCUCAGUCCUGACAUGUCUUGACCCCAUUGUGGCACUCUGUUAGCGAUGAAGAGCUUCUCCACUAUCCUACUCCUCACUCUGUCUGUCCUGUAUGGAUUUGAGUGUGUUUCUGGGAAUACAAUCGAGCACAUGCUGCAGGAAUGGGAACGAUAUCGGAAUGAGUGCAUAUCAAAUAUCAGCUCAGACCCAACCCUCCCAGGUUUGGUCUGCAGACGCAUGUUCGAUCAGUAUGCUUGCUGGCCAGAUGGGCAGCCCAAUACAACAGUCAAAGUGCCCUGCCCCUGGUAUUUGCCCUGGUAUGAUCAAGUACACAGUGGGUUUGUCCUAAGGGAAUGUGGUCCAGAUGGUCAGUGGCACACCAACAACAUGAGCCACACCUGGAGAAACCACUCACAAUGCAAUGCAGAUAGCAGCAACCACAAAGAACAGGAGAAACAGAUACGGGUCCUAGUCUACCUUAGAGUGAUGUACACAGUUGGCUACUCUUUGUCUUUGGCCAGCCUCACACUGGCCCUGAUUAUAUUGCUUCUUUUUAAGAAACUGCGCUGCACCCGUAACUACAUCCAUGCCAACCUGUUUGCUUCUUUCAUCCUGCGUGCUGUGACCGUCAUUAUACGUGAUGAUCUUCUCAAAAAUAAUACUCUUGACUUCCAAGACAGCAGUGACUUGUCCCGUGUUUUCAGAGACCAGUCUGGCUGCCGCAUAGCUCAAGUGGCAAUGCAGUACUGUAUGGGAGCCAGCUACCUCUGGCUGCUAGUGGAAGGCCUGUACCUCCAUAACCUUCUGGUACUGCUUGUGUUCUCUGAGAACAGCUACUUCUGUGGUUACCUUACUCUCGGCUGGGUUACUCCAGUACUCUAUGUGGUACCAUGGAUAGUAUUACGCCACCUGUAUGAGAACACAGGGUGCUGGGUGAAGAAUGAAAACAUGUUGCACUUAUGGAUUAUUGAAGCUCCUAUCUUCAUGAUUAUUUUAGUAAACUUUUCCAUUUUCAUAAGGAUUAUUCAGAUAAUUGUCUCCAAAUUUAAAGCACACCAGAUGAGAUAUACUGAUUAUAAAUUCAGAUUGGCCAAGUCUACCCUGACCCUCAUACCCCUUCUGGGAAUACAUAAAGUGGUGUUUUCUGUGGUGACAGAGGACCAGACUCAUCUACUACGGACCAUCUGGCUCUUCUUUGAGCUCUUCUUUAACUCAUUUCAGGGUCUUCUAGUAGCCAUUUUAUACUGUUUUGUGAAUAAAGAGGUACAAUCAGAAAUUAAGAAGAAAUGGCGUCAUCUUAAACUGGGAAUAAGCACCCUGGAUGAACAACGUACCACCAGCAGCCACAUACUACAGGGAGCUACUGGACAUGAAGACCAGGUGUGCCAGAUAGACUGUCCUGAGGAGAGUGGAAUCCACCUGAGCAUGGAGCCUCUUUCAGCCUCCACACAAAUUUCCCUUCAUCAGCAUCAUCACCCUGGAGCAAAGAAGGGCAGGGCAUAUUGUUACAUUUCAGCCCAUAAGCGAGUGGUGAACGGAUUAGAAACACCAGAGCUGGCCCAAUGUCAACAUGAUGGAGUCAAUGGAUAUUCUGAUAGCUACUGCUAAGGGCUUUGAACCACAGUGGAAAUAUAUAUAUAUAUAUAUAUAUAUAUAUAUAUAUAUAUAUAUAUAUAUAUAUAUAUAUAUAUAUAUAUAUAAUGAUCUUCAGAGGAGUGCAAAAUUUUAACUGGAUGUAACUGGAUGCUUAAAUUUUCUUAAGAGUACAUGAAAUCCUUGGUAUUUACUGAAUGAACCUCUAUUGUGUGCUGUUUUAGGAUCCUUUCUGAACACCAGCAACAUGGAGGAACAGUGUAAACGAUUUCUUUUUUUAAAGAUAAAAAAAAAAAAUGGAGGAUCUAAAUUAAAAUAUACCAAAUCAACUGUUGUGACUGUUCUCGCUGUGUUUUGUAACUGUCUACCUCUUUACAUUUUUGGGCAACAGUGAUAGUGCCUGUUUUUUGAUAUUGUGGUCCAUCUGUCUGGCAUAACAAUGGCAUCUAAUUAGGGCAAUUUUCAUAAAAACUAUUAGUUUAAAAAUAAAUGUCAGAUAGAGACAGGUAAAAAAAAAAAAGACAUCUUAAAAAUGUUUCCUAUUUUACACAGUUAGUUAAAAGUAGGUAGUAGUUCUACAUGUUACAUGUCAUUAAGACUGCUAUUUAUGGUAUCACAAUGUAUAACAAUGAUUUUAUUGAUAAUAUUAUUACUUUUGUGGCAGAACUUGUGAUCAGUGAAAUAUAUUGUUGCUGGUGUUUUUUCUGUUAGGUAUCAGAAUUUACAAUGAAAAGCAAGCAUAAACAAAUAUUUUUCAACAAAAAAACGGUAUUGUUUAUUCCCAAAAUACAAAACCAAAAAAACAUUUCAAGGCUAAAAAGAAUACUAUGUAAAUUUGUCACCUGGUCUUAAAUUAGUAAAACUGCCCACUAGAGGUAGCAACUGAUCUGUUGUACAAUUACAGAACACACACACACACACACACACACACACACACACACACACACACACACACACACACAAAUAAUAAACUCUGAAUCCAUGCACCACACAGAUGCAUAAGAAGCAAAUUGAAGGUUUACUUAAUGGUAUGCUGAUAUUAAUGGUACUACCUAAAGUGUUUACACAG